AUUCCGCCCACUCUUACUGUAUUUAAGGCCUAGGCUACCAGCACUUAUUAGUUCGCUGACGAAGCUCUUCGGAUGAGGAGCGAAACGUCCGACACCUUCUUCACAGAAGUACAGAUGACGUCUCAAGAAGCCUUUUCCUCGAUGGACAACUCCUGUACGACUGAGAGCCUACACAGAGACAUAUAAUUAUGUUAUUUCAUUGUUUGGGAAAAAAAUAAUGUAUUUUUGUAAUUUCCUGACACUCUUGUAAACUGAACUGAAGCGUGGAAUCGAUGGAACGCGUCCGUGUUUCACUUAAUUCCUCCGCUCGGCGUUGAGCUGUCCACUUCAGCACCACAAGCUAAUGUUGCCACGGAGGAGCGCAUCAGCAUCAGCACCAGCACCGGCGCCCAGGACAGAAUUCACAACACACACACCGUCAUAUAUAUAUCAACUGGAAACGCUUUACGACUCCGUGGCUGAAGACUGCGGGAAAAGACUCCAGUCAUCAUGUAUGAUGCAACAAGGGUGCCAUCUCCAAAGGAUGGUCCAAAAGGGCUGACCAAGCCACUGGUCCCCAGAACAGGACCAGACACGGGAACAACAACAGGAGGAGUCUUAACGCCAGCAACAGCCCAACAAGCUAAAACUGAGGAAGGACAGUCCGGUGCGGAGGAGGAGGAGCCAAAAUCAGAGCCGGUCCUGGUGAAAAAGCCACAGAGGGAGAUAUUGGACCAUGAGAGGAAGAGGAGGGUAGAGCUGAAAUGUAUGGAGCUCCAAGAGAUGAUGGAGGAGCAAGGGUACACGGAGGAGGAGAUCCGGCAGAAAGUGAGCACAUUCAGACAAAUGCUGAUGGACAAGGAAGGUGUCAUCACCAGAGACGGCUCACAACCAGUGGUCAACCACUUGCACUACUAUCCUGAAAGGUAUGAAGAUGAUGCUGAAUUGGUCGGCGAUGAAGACGGAGACUAUGCCUAUGAUGAUUAUCACAGUGAUAACAGACUGAAGAAGAAGUCCAACAGCUCUCCAUCCCCUCGUCCAAAGAAAAAAAAGAAGAAGAAAUCCAGCCACAGAAGAAGUCGAUUUGGCAGUUCAUCACCCGCUCGCAGGGAGAAGAAGAAAAAGAGUGGGAAGAAACACAAACGUGACAGGUCUGCAUCAGGCUCCAGGAAAAAGCGCAGGUACAGGUCAGGAAGCCCGAGGGACAAGCACAAAGACAAGAGCAAACACAGAAAGAGCUCCCCCGCCGAGACCCCCGGAAGGAGCAUCCAGCGUCAAGGCAGCUGUUGCAGCAGCCGCAGCGCCUCCCUGACGUCCGCACGGAGCACCUCCAAGUCUCCCGGCAGACUGAACUCCAAACACAAGAAGGAUGGAAAGAAGGUAUCGUCACUGUCAUCUGGCCCCAACAGUCCCGCUGCUUGGCCCAAUGGCGACCACACCCAGCGCAGUCAUAAUGGCAAAGCCGGCAGACUCAACAACACUGAGGGCGAUAAGGUGCAAGAUAAGCUCCGCCUACUGGCCCCGGGCUCAGCCAGCAUCCAGUCCACUUUGCUGAAAGAACAGAAGCUCCACAGCGCCCCCAGCAGGAGUCAAGCCGCACAGACGUGGGACAAGGCCGAUGCCGGGAGCGUCGACGGCAAGAGCGCGGUUGUCAGUCACAGAUCAGGGAGGAGACAGAGCCAGCGAGGCCGGAACAGGAGCUCCCGCUCUCCUGCUCGCAGCAGCGACUCGGCACACUCCCAACACGACCACACUCACCGGGGGAAGACCCGGCAUCAGAGAAAGAUAAAAAGCAGCCGUUCCUCCAAGCGUCACCGCCGCUCCGGUCGAGGUCAGGCCCACCACCGCAGCCCAUCAGCAUCUUCGGGCCGCCACUCGCACACGUCCGGGAGAAAGAAGGAGGCGUCACGAAGCAAACAGAACGCGAGGCAGCGCAGCAGCUCUUGGAGCAGCGAACACUCCUCCUGUGCCCACAGGGGCCGGGGCCCCAGCAAGACCAAGUCUCCUCACGCCAGACAGAACGCCUCCAGAGAGAGGGACAGCCAGAACCGCUGCGACAGCGACACCGACAGCCGGGCCCGACGCCGCUCUCGGAGUUACUCGCCCAUUCGCAAACGGAGGAGAGAUUCACCCAGUUUCAUGGAGGCUCGCAGGAUUACCAGCGCGCGGAAACGCCCCAUCCCCUACUACCGGCCCAGCCCUUCAUCGUCCAGCUACGACAGCAGUCCCUCGCGCUCCAGCCGCAGUCGGAGUCGCAGCUACAGCAGCUACAGCCGCAGCCGCAGCAGGAGCAGGAGCCGCAGCAGGAGCAGGAGUCGGAGUCGAAGUCGGAGCUGGAGCCGCAGCCGGAGUCAGAGCUGGAGUCGGAGCAGGAGUCGCUCUCGAAGUCACCGCAGCUACUCCAGCCACAGCAGCUACGGCAGCCCUGGCUUCUAACAGAGGAGAUGCAACACAGAAGACUGCAAUCGGGUUUGUGACGCAUUCCAGUCCGGUCCGAACCCCUUUCAUCCCAGACUUGUCUCUCCACUGCAGUCCGUUGCUCUCGUUUGAUAGAACACAGCACAUACGUACGAGACCAACAUGACUCGUAGUCAUGUUAUCGUUUGGACAGCGGGUAUCUUUUAGCUGGAAACGACACAGGAGAUGUCUAACGAGAGCUUUCUUCAGCGAUUUACAAAUCUAAUACAUUCUUAUUUCAUAUAUUUGGCAUAUUUUCACCCCCCAAAAAAUCCAAAUUCUCAGGCAUUUCCCUUUUUUAAACAUAUAAUGGUCCAGGAGUGUCCAAACUUUUUCUACCGAGGGCGGCGUCCAGAAAAAUGUAAGCACGCUGGGGUCCAACCAGUCCAAUGUAAUGCGGGGCUAUGCUGGAGCCUAUCCCAGCUGACAUGCUGGAGCCUAUUCUAGCUGGCAUGCUGGAGCCUAUCCCGGCUGACUUAGGGCGAGAGGCGGGGUACACCCUGGACUGGUGUCCAGCCAAUGGCAGGGCACAUGUAGACCAACACAUUCAUACCUGUGGACAAUUGAGUCACCAAUGAACCUAAUGUGCAUGUUUUUGGAAAAACAGACGUGUGGAAGCGGAGAUUCGAACCCUGUGGGGCCAAUCAGAAAAACAAGCCCCCUGGCCACACUUUGGACACCCCUGGAAUACAGCGGGUGGGCCAGAAAAAGGAUUUACCAUAACACACCCAGGAUAUGCAUGGAGGAUGGGGUGAGGAGCGAACCAUGUGUCAAAAGUAGACAUUUUUACGGGCCGUUUUUCGCCAUUCCCUGGUGGCCCCGAAGUGUAACCCCCCAUGAAAAUUGUCUUCUAGCCUCUUCCAGCUAAAAGAUACCGUUGAACACGUGAAAAAUAAGUUUCACAAAAAGCAUGAGGAUUCAUUAACUGUGAGUCGGCACACGUCAAGCAUUGAUGUGCCAGAGCCCGCUGAACAACACUUGCUGUCUGUCCGCACUUUCUUGACCUUCUUCCACAAGGCAACCAAAAAUGAAAUUGAGAGUAAAUGACAAGUUGAACAUAGAAAUAUGUACGUAUUUAUACAUUAACAGUAGGUGCUGUGAAAAAGACACAUCAUAGGAACAUAAAGACCUUCACUUCCUGGAAGCAUCGAGAUUCAUGUAAGUAUCAGAGGACUCAACAGGAAGCAGAGGGGGAAGAGCUUUUUAUGCUUCCAGUGGCGUUGUAUAGGUUUGAGUGUAUAGAUGGCUUUGGAAACUAUGCACUGUAUAUUCCAUUUAGCUCCAAGAGUCACGGUGACGUCGCAUGAUGCAUCGAAAAGGACGUGUCGCUGCCAGGGCGCGUUCACGCUUGCCAGGUUCGCUUUGGUUAAAGCCAAAUCCGGACACUGGUGCGCACCAGAAGCCUGGCGCGGUUCGGUUUGGUUCACUUGAGCUGACAAGUGAACGCUGUACGGACCAAAUGACUGCAAAGGCAUUCGUAAAUGACAAAUAUGUAAGAGAAAAAGUACUGGAGGCGUCUCUCUGCUGUGCUCUUUAAAGGCGCAGGAUGCAGUGGGUCCCCGCAUAUUCGCCAUCUGUUCAUUUUUGGUUAAAAGAAGCAAAAAAACAUUGAAAAACCUUUUUCCUCUGGAAAUAAGCCGUUUUGUCCGCAUAUCUCAAACAUACGUUGUUGGAAAGCCCACGUUUUUUUAUCGGCCGUGGACACGUUUCAAAAAUACAGUUAAACAAGAAAACUAACAAAAACAAUAACAGAAGUGUAAGAAAGUACAAAAUAUUACAAUAAAGUCAUCUGGGAUCUGCUGUAUUUCAGACAAAAUAGACAGAAUAUAAAAAUAACCGUUUUGGUUUGGAAUAUGCGUCAUGUUCUUUUUGCCCCUUGAUGAAAACACCUGCGUGAACACGAAGUCAACCGCGCCAAGUCUGUUUUUGUUUUGUUUUGUUGGACCGAACCACAAGUGUGAAUGCGGCUCAUCCAUGCGCAGGUGAAUUAGUCACAAGGUGUUAUUUGUUACUUUAACGCUGCCCCGUUGAACACAUCUGCCGAUGUCCUUCAUUUCCGGACGUGUGUGUGCAAGAUGAUGGCGCUGUGCAGGGAAACUUGCUGCAAAAUGCUCCAUGCACAUGUUUUUUUUGUGAAUGCACUGUAUUAUUUAUUUAUUGAUAGAAUUAUUUAUGUAUCGUCUAUUUAUUAUCAGGUAUUUAUUAUUUGUUGACAAAGCGAGUUGAAUCAUGCUUUGAGGUUCAGUCUUUCCAUGUGGACGUGUGCCGUACGUGUCCAUGGCGCAUUCAUGUUGAAUGAAGGCUGGCUGAACGUUUCACUCUUGUGUGUUUACCGUGAGUACGGAAGCGACCCCUGACCCCUGACCCCUGACUGAUGUUUAAGGAUACGGUAUCUCAGUGGAGUAAAGAAGAACGCAUAUGAGUGAACUGUGUGUUUCCAAGGAGACCAUAGGAGAGUAUGCGGGCUAAAGUAUUGUCAGUGUUGUGGGGAAAGCGGUCAAUGCUCCAGCCCGACCGAUAUGGGAUUUUUGGGGCAUUAUAUCAAAAACAACGAAAUAGCUUACUUGGAACAGUUGCAUAUGUCUUUAUUCCACAUUAAAAGGCUGUACAACAGUCUGGACGUGUGCAUUAACAGUUGCAUCUGUCUUUGUUUACCUCACAGAGGUGCGACUUACACGAUGUUAAAACAUUGGAAUACGCUCUGUAAAACCAGCGUGGAAAAACUACAAUGUUCUCCUUGACGGGCCCUGACGGCGUGUUUCCGCAAGGACGUUGGUGACUCUCAUGGGGCUUUCAAGCGUAGCGUUGCAUUGUUUUACAAAGUCGCAGUCGUCUUCUCUGCUGCGGCCGAGCGAGUGAGACAGACAGGAAGAGCUGCACACAGGAACGCAGUGACGGACUUUCCACCCACCCAGCUCCAAAAGUUAACAUAUCAGCUACACAUUCGCCAACGAUGAAUCUGUGACGCGCCGUAAUCGGUUGAGCUCUAGUCGAUCCAGGAUGUAACUACACUAGGUCCCCAACUUACGAACACCCGACUAGCGAACACUCGCCGAUACGAACACAAGCCGACUGGUUUAUAUUUUAUUUUAUUUUGCCUUGUAGUGCUUAGGAAUCAGUCUUUAUACUGCUACUGUACAUGCUUGACCAGUAGAGGGCACUGUGACACUGCUAAUGGGACCAAGAGGCAGCCUUAGCGCUAAUGAGACCAACAGACGCUGGGCAGAGAAAGCUUCCGGUAAAGCUAGGAAAGUUAAGUUUUAGCUGGAUGAUACAACCCAGACCACUCCUCUUCAAAGGUAAAUAACAUUUAUCAUUACCUAUUAUUAUAUCACUUUUAUUAUUGUUUUUUUCAUGAAUUAUCCUGGUUUAAUAUUACUACUGCAUCCAAACUCAUAUUUACAUACAUACAUAUAUACUGUAUAUGUAAACACGUACAUGUAGUACCUAUAUCAUUGCUAAUAUUACCUUUUGUUUCGACUUAAGAACGAUUCAACUUAAGAACGGUCGUCUGGAACCAAUUGUGUUCGCUAGUUGGGGUCUUAGUGUACUUGGAUUGGAGCCUCGAGAAAGUGCACUAGCUUCACCGAGACCCCACCAGGAUUCCAUCAUGUCUCGUCGACGUUUCUCCAGACAAACACGGUCAGGGUCCACCUCAAGUCUUCCUAACGUGUGCAGUAGGUCAUCACGUCCCACCUUAUUGUUGCACAUUGUGGCAUUACCGCUAGAGUCCAUCCUCUAAAAAUGAUAGCCCUGCAAACCUGCUGAUUUAUUCCAAGUAUAGCACUGCCCCCCCUUUGGUCCACCGGGUCCUUCUUUGUAGUGUACACGUUAAUGUUCCUGACAAUAAACUGAAAGAAAUGGCCAAAAGAAAUUCACUUGCUGUUUUUCCCUGUAAGAGGAUAUGGUUGUACUGUGUGUGUGUGUGUGUGUGUGUGCGUGUGCGUGUGCGUGUGCGUGUGUGCGUGUGUGUGUGCGUGUGCGUGUGCGUGUGUGUGUGUGUGCGUGUGUGUGCUUACAAGCUUGCUUGAUAAAAACGGUCCACAAUGUUUAAGAGUAAGAAGCAGACUGGCGUUCUAUCCAUUCAUUAGUCCAGUUGGCGCCACUAUGAGGCCCACAGAGUGAAAAUGCAAGGAUGCAAGAUUGAAAGGAUGCAAGGAUGCAAGGACCACUUUGAUAGUUUUGAACUGCGGCCUUUGCUUUUUUUGUCCCAUUUGUUUUUUUGUUUUUUCAAGUAUUUCAACUUUCUGCUGAAAUAUUCUUCAUAAAUGUUCUUUUCAUAAUAUUAUGAGCGUAUUCCCAUAAUAUUUUGCUUUUAUUCGCAUAUUAUAAUUUUUUUCUCCAACCUACAUUUCCAAAAAUUACAACUUAAUUUCGUUUUGUUUGUUUCACUAAAUAAUAUGACUUUAAAAAUAAAUACAUAUAUAAAUAAAUAACACAUUUGUCUUUAAUAUUGAAAUUCUAUGCUACUAAAAUGACAUUCAUUUUCCUUGUAAUAUUGCCAGUUUAUUCUUGUGAAAUUGCAACUUUUUUUCUGGUUACAACACGAAAUUUUUUCUCUUGAAAAUGUUCUUUUCGGAAUAUUUUGACUUUAUUCCCAUAUUCUAACUUUUUAACCCAACCUGAUAAAUAAAUAAAUAAAUAAAUGUUUGUUUCAACAUGAUUUCAACAUUAUGCUACUUGAAAGAUUUCAUCUUCGGCGCGUGAUCCAAGAUGGCAGCAUAAACAAACCGGACGGUAUUUCUCAAGCCAAAGCAAAAUCUUAGCAAAAAUUUGGGAUGUUAACCGGAACACGUGCUAACCGGGGCGGUUGUUAACCAAGGUACCGUUGUAUUAUGAAAAACUGCGAUAGGGUGAAGCUGCAAAAUUCGAAGCGCGAAGUGGCGAGGGACGACUGUGUGUAUAUUUUUUUAAAAAGCAGGCAUUGGCGGGCGAGCAAACGAAAGAAAAAAGUGGCCAAACGUGAGCGUUGCUGUUUGCAUGUUUGGAAGACUGCAAGGCAAAGUGAAUUUGUGUUGGUUUCCA